GUUUGCGAAUAAUUUGGAUACCCACUUGACUCAGUCGUGCUCAGCCAUUUGCUUUGGAUGCAAGGUUCAAAAUUCCUCCUUCCUGAAUCUAGAUUUUAGAUCGGUUUAGGUUAGUAAAUGGCACAAUGAAUCACUUAUCACUUAUGCUUUUGGCAGAAUUUAUCAGCUGCAACCAACAUUACACGUUUGUUACAACGACAAUACCGUGGACAAUACAAUCACAUUUUAUGCAGGAACCAACAUGCGACUAUCGGCAACUUUCAAUACAUGUCCAACAUGCAUUGCCGUUGAAUCUUAAAACCGCGCUUUUUUGCGUAAAUAAUAAGACAAUUAAUAAUUACUCGAAUAUAGCUUAGUGUUGAAUAUAAUAAACAAAUAUUUUAAACUUUAAACAACGAAACAACGCAGAAUGUCUUUAAAUCACCACAGAAUGCAUUAAGAAUCAAAUCGUGUUUUCAACUUAUUCUCAUGUUAUAAAAUCGAGGUUAAGUUAUAAAAAUCAAAUUGGAAUCUCACAGAAGUAGUCGAAUUGCAACAAGUUUAGUAUUCUAAGUUGUACCAAAUCAUAAUCCAUAAAAUGGCUUCUCUUCAUGAAGUAAAACUUCUUAUAAAAAGCAUUCUGGGUUCAAGUAGAGACCAAAUGACACAGGCUGAUCUUUAUAAACAAUUCCGCGAGAUGAUAGGAUAUGAUAUUCCACACCACAAGUAUGGUUAUAGAACUGGUCAAGAGUUUUUAUAUUCUAUUCCGGAUACAUGCAUUUUAUCUGGUUCAGGACCUUCAGCAUAUGUUACAGCAGUUUUAUCCUCUGAAUCAGAACACAUCAUCAAAAUGAUUGCAAAUCAAAAAGACAACUCCAAGAAAUCAACAAAGCGAAAACCAAAAAAUUUCUCAGUCAUAGUUCCUAGCACAAGUAAAACUACCACCACAGAAGCACCAUUUCAACCUCCAGCUGUAAAACCACCUUGUCUUGGACAAUUUAAACAACAGACUAAUGUUUCUUCAAAAGUGCCAUUAUUACCAUUACCUAAUUUAAUGCCACUGGCAUGUCCAGCAUCCCAACCACGAUUAAACAACAUUCCUUCUUUGUUAUCAUUAAAUAUCCCACCACCAGGCCAAGUUCCCUUCGAACCACGUGCGAAACGUGAUCCAUGUCCGCCACGUUUCCGGAAAAAACAACAAAACGAAGUAAAUCAAGAUAAAAUCAAUGGAAAUCAUAAUGGACAAGCCAUUGACAAUCAACCGACUAAACUACAACCAUCAACAUCCACUACUACUUGGAAUUCAUACAACAAUACUCUGAAUCAUGAUAUUAACUAUAAAAUACCGCACGUCAUCCAGGAAAAUCUUAAAGAUUUAAUAAUUCAAUUUCCUGAUGGUUUGUGGCUGAGAAAGUUUCCAGAAGAGUAUGAAAAGUGCUAUAAGCAAAGAUUUGAUUAUGUUAAAUAUGGUUACACAUCACUUGUACAACUGUGUUGCUCAUUGCCAUACAUCUUCAAGUAUAAACCACUGCGUAAAGGCGAUGGGAAAUUAUAUUAUGUCAAUGGUGUUAUUCCUGAUGAUAAGACGGAUGAAAUGAUUGAGUUGUUCAAUGAAGUACAACCGUUUGUAGAACACGCGAUUCCGAAUGUUGAAGCAUUGCCACAUGUAUUAAAGAAGGAUAAUGAUUAUCCACCUUGUGUGAUGCUUCCUGGCGAGACAAUUCCACUUGAAGUGAUGCCAAGCAUCGAUGAACAACUUUACACGCCAAUAUUCAUCGGAGAAGUUUAUGAUUUGUCCAAGUUUUGGUUUAGUCUCGCUGAUAAUGAAGAUAAAUUAGAGGAACUUCUUGGAAACAUUGAAAAGUUUUACAACGCACAUUACAAACGUUACACAAUAUCCCGCACACAAUUGACUAAAGAAUUGUACGUGAUUUUAUACAAAGGCGGAAUUGAUUAUUCCCGUGGUAUUGUGGUAAAUUUCGAUGAAUUUAUGGUCACAAUAUUCCGCAUUGAUGAUGGCGUCAUAGAAAAAACAACACUGGCUAACAUUUAUUUCAUGCAUAAGAAGUUUACCAACUUACGAAGGCAAGGCUUGCGUGCACGUUUGGCGCGUGUAAUGCCGCCGACAAAACAAGCGCAAUGGAGUCGUGAUGCUGCGUACAGAUUUCUACAACUCAUCAAGGAGAAAAAAAUAUACGGAUCUAUUGAUUGCGUUGAUGCAUCACAAACGGAUAAAAUCUACGAAUUGGUGCUCUGUGAUUCAUCGGGUGUGAAAGAUAUCUUCAUCCAGGACGUGCUCAUUGUCGAAGGAUUUGCGAUUCCUAUUGAUCAGGAACCCUUGGAAUCCUCCGGCGACGAUGAGUACGUGCCGAUCGUGAACGAUCUGUAUUUGUAUCCGUUAUUCAUCGAAAUUGAAACGGCGACGGUGCCUACAGCAAUGGAAAUGCGCCGAUUGAUUGCGUUGCGAAUGCCUCUUCACGAGAUUUAUCCGAUUUAUUUUAAACGUGUGAAAGAAACUGCGCCUGAGGAAGAUAAAAAUCCAGUGAAUAAGUUUUUCCAACGCAUGAAGAUCUCUCAAGUUGAAAAUAGAGCAGAAAAUGCAUGUGAGACGGAUAGAAAUUCUGAAAGUGACGAAUCUCCUACUUGUAGUGAUGAAAUGACUGAGACAUCAGAAAUUUCCCAGCAGCAGGAGCCUGAAUCUCAAGUUUCUUUAAUAGAUGACACAGAAUCGGAAGUAAACCAAGAUGGCGGUGAAGAUAUGCCGAGUACAUCGCGGAGGGUACGUAUACCACCCGGAUUCAGACGGAGAUUAGUUGUUCCACCGUUUAGUCAAACACAAACGAAUGCCUCACCUGUUGCACCAUCUUUCCAAAGACCAAAUUAUAAUGGUCAGCAACAAAAUUUCAAUAAUUCAUCGCAAUACUCGCUGAACGGGAACAUGAGUCUUGGUGGUAUGCAACCAAAUGUACACGACUUUGGUUUUCACGAAUUACCGAACGGUAAUGAUACGAUUGCGCAAAAUUUGCCGCUACUGCAAAGGCAACUUUAUCUACAACAACAAAUGAUAUACAAUCAGAAUCAGCAGGCAUACUUUCGAAAUCAACCCAAUAUUCCAACUCCGCUCAUGUCGCCGAUGACGAAUUCCAACUACAAAUCACGUCCGGUUAGUCCUGCAAGCAAUUUCGCUUCAAACUUGUAUGGUUUGAACAUGGGACGUAAAUCUCUAGCGGCGUUAACACCAUUUUCGCCGGUGAAUGGACUUGAAUUCAAUAGUAACGUGAAUAAUUUGCGUUCCAAUCACGAAAGGAAUUUCAACAUGGCGGCGUCUGCUAAUCCACCCACUGCGCAGGCUCAAACUAAGAAAUACGUUGUUACCACUACGGUAUUGGAUAAACAAAUCCAUAUUAUACGUGUUAGAUCACGUCCUUGCGUGGCCAUGUUGGAAAUCCAGGAGGUUUUUACGGGUAUGAGUGAUGUUGUUCUUUUGCGUCGUUUACUUGAUAUGUCCGACGUGACUUGGAGGGAGCUUCGGCUUGACUCUAUUAAUGCAACAUUCCUGCAUGAGUUGGCAGUAAAUCGUCUUAUUACUGGAAGUACUAUAAUGUACACUUGUUUGGGAUGUUUAGAUGAGCUUAUCUCUUGUUUAACUAACGAAGAAUACGUUGUAACGAAUUUCGACGCAAUGAUUGAGUGUUUCUCUGAUAACAGUCCUGUUUGGAACGCUUAUGAUUAAAUCAUAGCCGAGGUUUUGUUAGGUUUUACCACUUUUUAUAUUUUUAUAAGUACUUCUUUUAUUUUUAAGAAUAUUGACUCUUUUUUCAAUUAAGUUUAUUGAAUUACCAUGGUUACUGAUUAAGUGUAAGUGUUUCGUUUAUUUUUGAGAGUAUUUUCUUAGUUUUUACUGUUUUUUGGUUGCUGUGCAACAUUUUGACUAGUGCUUUGAGCAUUUAAUUAUGUUUAAAAGACUUUUAUAUGAAACUGUUAAAACUUGUAAGAUAAAAAUGACUAUAUUUUGUACGGAUGUGACGAAACGCAACAUUCUGUUGCUGUCAGUAUUAUUUUAAGUUUUAUACGUUUAUGAAUGCGAAUAUGAAUCAAUAUUUUUAUGAUAUUUGUUUA